AUGGACUUGAAGCCGUGGAUCAUAGGGUGCAGGCGUCUUCGCGAGGCGAUUAAGAAGAACGACCUCACCUGUUUUGAGUCGGUGUUCGACGCCGACAUUGCCGUGCUACCUAUAAUCACGACCGUCGUCGUGGUUCUUCGGCCCAGCGACUUGCUGAAGGCCGUCGACGUUGACAGCGAGACCUCGUUCCGCCACCUGGACCCGAAGACUGCAAACCGGCUGCAUUCGUCUGAGGCGCUCGCCGUGCUAAGAUUGCCGGACAUUGUGAAGAAAGAACAGGUCGGCACCGGAUUGCAUGUUGUGAGCGCGUUCGGAUGGGUGGUCAGAGAGCGCGGAGCCCUACUCAAGUCACGUGCACCGGCGAGCGCUGAGAACCCUAUGGUUCAGGGGUUGAGGGCACUCAAAUCGGCGCUAGUGGAAUACGUCAAGAGAUGCGUUGCUGAGAGGCGGUCGGCGCCGUCCAAUCACCCUACUGGGCCAAGUACCUCCCCCCUCGACGACGACGGAAUCGUAACUAAGACGGCGUCUCAAGCUGGCGUGUUUUGCCCGGCGUAUUCCGGCGCGCACGACACUAGAACUAGCGGUCAUGUUGGCGGCGGUGGCGAGGCCGACCUGGUAGGAGAAGAGGAGCAGAUGGCAGGGUCUGUUGAGUCAUCUACUGACUCAGAGUCAGAGUCGGGAUCCGAGGAGGAGGAGGAGGAUGAAGAGGAGGAGGAGCGUGCAGGGAAGAUGGCUGUUGGUGCUGAGGCGGACACAGACGCCGACCGCGGUGCUGGUCGCGACCCGACGUCGACCGGCGGGACAGGCGCAACUGCAGCGUUGGCUGGGGACAAGCCUCGUAGGAAGGCGCCGGUGCAUGGUCAGCCUGCGUCGACCACAUCUUCAAAGUCGGCGUUUGCAGCCGCACUUGCUCACGUGAAGCGACUGGAAGAGGAGAACAUGAAACUGAGGGACGAGAAUGCGGGGUUGCGGUCGGAUCUGGUUACCGAGAGGUGUCGGACGGAGGGGUUGUUGGCGACGGCGGUUGAGUGCCUCGCGGCUAUCAAGUCGCUUACCGAACGCGUCGCCGCCGCCGAGCAGACUGCGGGGACACACAUCUCCACAGCCACAGCAGCCAUGACCGGCGUCUUCACCAAGGUGCUGGACGAUCGGGUUGCUCUGGUCAAGGCGUGCAGCAGCAUGGCGACGCCGUUGUUGGGGGAAAUCACAAAGGGCUUGGACAAGCUGGCCGUCGCCCGCCGUGAUGCCGACGUGUGGUUGGGGAACCACGUGACCAACGUGGGGGAUGACGUUAAGGCGGUGUUGGCCGAAUACAUCCAGACCAAGUUAGCCUCAACUUCCACCAACAUCGUCGGCGGCUUAUCGCGCAGCAUCGUGCCGCCGCCGCCCGGUCCAUCCCCCGCGCUGCCUGAAGAAGUCAUCAAAGCAAUGAGGGAUGACAUUGUUCAGGUGGUAACCGCCGUCACGCAGCAGGCGCUGGGAACCGUCGGCUUCACGCUUCUGCCCAACGUGCUUGCUACAAUGAGGCUGGGGCGGCGUGGUUCGUCCCCGUUGGCCGGCGACCCGGAGACCGCGCAAAGGCAUAGGCCGGAAAAAAGGGCUGCCAGCGGAAGUGCAGCCGACGGCGACAACGCGGGAAAUUCGAAGCGGAGUAAAGGUGCUGGUGUGGAGCGAGCAGUCGGCGGCGACGUUCCAGAUCGUGCCCAGUCCGGAUCUCCCGUCCUCGACAUGCUGAAGAGAAAAGGGGCGACAACUCGGCUCCUUGGCCCGCAUAGUAGAGGCGGAGCUGGCGGCAGCUCGGAGGGCAGGACUGCCGCCGAGGAGGGUGUGCGAGCCGGCGGGUCUUCCACUCACGGCGGUGGAAGGAAAGGUCUGGAGAUUCCACGUCCUGGAGCAAGCGAGGUAGCACCACCGCCGUUCUGUCGUGGUAACGUCGCCGUUGAAUCGGUUGAAGUGCAGGCCGACGCGGCGAUAGGCGUUGAUCGCGGGCCGCCAUUCGAUGUUGAGGCUCCGUCAAUCGGCGAUCAGACUCACCAGGCUCCUGUGGUCGGCGUAGGGGUGGACACGGGCGCCCUCGGCGCGGAGGAUGAUCCCGUGGCGAGAGCGUUGAUGGAGGAGCUUCUUGCUUUUCAGGCGCCCUCGCAGCAGCAGCCCGUCACCAUCGACAACGCCACUGUCCCAACAACUCGUCGGGGGGCGCAACCUGUCGCCGGUACAGCACCAACAGCCCCGGUCUCGGCCGAUGUCACCGCGCGUCACACGGCAGCACCAUAUGGUGAUCCGCCGACAGGUGGGCCCGUCGCAGCGCCAAGCACGGGGCAAGACAACGCCGGUCAGACCCUCACGGACCCGGUCGCGGCCAUGCUUCUGGCCGCGAUCAACUCGUUUCAAGAGGCGGCACCUUCAUCGCAUCCGCCAACUACUGUCACCAGCGCUGCGCCGACUAUGCAGCUCCUUGCCGCUGUUGCCACGCCGUCGGACCCAGUCUCGGACAUGCUGAUGGCCGAGGUCAACGCGCUUUCAGCAGGUGCACAAUCCGCUCAACCGCAGACUCACGGCACGCGCAUUGUGCCGACCACGGUGAACUUGGCGGAGCCCGUACACCAAGAAGCGGCAAACGAGACGGUUCCAACGGCGGUGCCAACGCAUCACCAGGUCGGCGCGGCGUCUGGACAAGGUGAUUGGGGCGCGGUGGCAGGAGACGAUGGUGCGGGGGAGAUCUCUCUCAUCAUCGAGGACGAGGAUGUGGAAUUGAUACAAGCGGCGAUAGAAGCAGACGAAGUUGCCGCACUUUGGUCUGUGGGAGGUACGUCGGGCAUCAGUGGCGCGGAGGGUCGGCUUGCCGUUGUUACAGCGUCCACCCAGGCCGGGCCGACCGUGGAGCCGGCCCGUUUGGCUGUUCCGCCCAUUCAGAGUCAUCCUGCCGGCUUCAUAUAG